AUGACUGAGGAGAUGAAAGUAGAAAUGUGGCUCAGUGGAACAUUCUUCUUCUUGUGCAAGCACACAAAAUGCUGCACAACUGGUUAUUUCUUCAUGAUGCUCGCUUACCAGCUAGCCAUCAAUUUUCCCAGCAUCCAGCUGGAUGUGAACAGGGCUAUCCUCAAGGAUCCCUCCCUUCUAGACCCCAACAAGUCACUUUGCAAGCAGAUGGAAGGGUUAUUUCUGCAACCCCUGCAGAAGCUUCAAUCCAGACUACGUGAAUGUCUGCCUUUGAUGUUCAUUGUUGAUGCCCUUGAUGAAUGCACACACAAAUCCCCCAAUGAAUACUUGUCUGAAUCCAGGGAUGAAGGCGAAUCCGAAAGUGAGCUUUCUGAGCUCAUCUCCCUGCUCGCCCAAGCUCUUCAUGAUCCUGAUCUACCUUUGAUCCACAUCCUAGUCAUGAGUCACUCAGAAGCACAUAUUUGCGAAGCCAUGCAGAGCGAAGAUGUGCACCCACUGUUGUGCAAGAUACCAGUGAAGAUUUUAGGGGAGGGUGUUGCUGCUACCAUCUCACUAGAUGGCAUAGAUGUUGAUGAAGAUAUCUAUCGUUUCUUGGAGCAUUCCUUUGGUAAGCUGCAAAGUUGCUCUCCCACCUUCCUGCAACCAAUGAAGGAUCAAAUUGAGAAGCUGGCGAUCCGAGUGGGCAGACGUUUCAUUGUGACAUCUACAAUGAUGAAGUUUAUUGAUGAUUGA